AUGAAUGCAAAGGACUAUGUAAAGGAGGCUAAACGCCAACUAGACAAUGAAGAAUAUUACAAGAGAGUAGGAAGAGAUCUCACUCUUGAACACGAACAGCUCAUAAACCAGUGCUUAGAUACACUUAUGGACGGCGGAGAAUUAGAAGAAGAAGUAGCUAAACUCUUAAGACCAGCACAAUCAAGGACUCCUAUAUUCUAUAUGCUCCCCAAAAUACACAAAGUUAACAAUCCAGGUAGACCAGUAGUAUCCUCCGUGAACAGCCACACGGAGAAGCUAUCAGCUUAUGUGGACGAAUUUUUGAGACCUAUAGCAGAAAAGCUACCGUCAUACAUACAAGAUACCACACACUUCAUUAAGCGAAUACGGAGUUUGGGCAAGUUACCCGAAAAGUGUUACUUAGCAACUCUGGACGUAUCAAGCCUAUAUACGAAUAUAGACACAGACGAAGGACUCACUAUUGUGGAGGAAGAGCUAGGCAAAACGAACCAGAACAAGCCAUCACCGAUGACAUUAUCGUGUCUCCUCGAGAAGGUUCUUAAGCUUAACAACUUUACCUUUGGCAAUGAACACUACAUUCAAAUCAAAGGAACAGCCAUGGGAACCAGAGUCGCUCCCAACUUUGCAAACGUAUACAUGGGUAGACUUGAAGAAAGAUUCGUGUACCAAACAGAGUGGAUGGACCAUAUCAUACUCUGGUGUAGCACCCUCAAUCAAGUUUACACACGAAAUCUCUGCACAUUCAGUGAAUUUCCUUGA